AGUUAUAUCAUCUCAGACUCACUCAAAUCAGCGUCAAUCUCCACAUGGAGUUAGGGCGCGGGCAUCAAACAGAGAUGAGACAAGUUGCGAGUAUGGAUCAUAAGCUCAGCAGACCGACAUGGAGUAGACAGAUAGAGUUCACCUUGGCUGGCAUCGGAUGUGCUGUGGGUCUGGGGAACGUCUGGAGGUUCCCAUAUCUUUGCUACAGGAGCGGAGGAGUUUCUGACAGGUGCCUUUCUGGUUCCGUACCUGCUCAUGUUAGUGGUUUUGGGGAUCCCUCUGCUCUACAUGGAGCUGACUGUGGGUCAGUACACAAGAAGAGGGCCCGUCCAUGCCCUGGCAAGUGUUUGUCCACUGUUAAAAGGAGUGGGCAUCGCAUCAGUGGCCAUCUCCUUCAUCAUGUGCACCUACUAUAACAUCGUCAUCACCUGGGCCCUGUAUUACCUCUUCAGCUCCUUCCAGGCACCCCUUCCAUGGCAGAGCUGCAACAACACUUGGAACACACCCAACUGCACUAACCAUGCCACCAACAGCAGCUACUCAUCCACAGCCAGCCAGGAGUUCUUCAAAUAUCGGAUGCUUGAGCAGACUAGUGGAGUAGAAGAAGCCGGAAUGCUGCGGUGGGAGCUUUUCCUCAUCCUCAUCCUGGCUUGGAUCCUCGUUUAUUUUUGCAUCUUUAAGGGGGUGAAGUCAACAGGAAAGGUGGUGUACUUCACCGUUCUGUUCCCGUACAUCAUUCUGAUUGCUCUGCUGAUCAAUAACGCCCAGCUUCCUGGUGCAAUAGAUGGCAUAAACUUCUUCAUUGUGCCGGAGUGGGACAAGCUGCUUUCGGUGGAGGUGUGGGUAAAUGCUGCAGCUCAGAUCUUUAACUCCAUUGGGAUUGGGUUUGGCUCCCUCCUUGCCAUGUCCAGCUACAACUCCUUCAACAACAACGUUCUCAAGGACACGCUGAGCAUAGCCAUCAUCAACUCUGUAACCAGCAUCCUGGCUGGUUUCGUCAUAUUCUCUGCUUUUGGGUACAUGUCUCAUCUGCAGGGAAUUCCCGUCAGCAAGUUGGCAGUGGAUGGUCCAGGACUGGUUUUUGUUGUUUACCCACAGGCCUUUGCCAACAUGCCAGUGUCUCAGCUGUGGGCGGUCAUGUUUUUCUUCAUGCUGCUGUGCCUGGGGCUGGACAGUGAGUUUGCAAUGGUUGAAGUGAUGGUGACGAGUCUCAUGGAUGAGUUCUAUCAACAUCUGAUUAAAGUUUUCAAGAGGAAGGAAUUUUUUGUUCUUGCCAUCUGCGGUGUGACCCUCCUGCUGGGAAUCCCUUGUGUCAUGCAGGUAGGAAUCUACGUCUUCCAGCUGAUGGACCAUUACACGGCCAUCGUGUCCAUCAUGUUCCUUGCGUUCUUUGAGAUCAUUGCCAUCUGUUGGAGUUACGGUGUGAAACGACUCACAAGCAACCUCGAGGAGAUGACUGGAAGCAAACCAAACAUCUUCUUCAGAUUUUGCUGGCUAGUAGUAGAUCCUGUGCUAAUCACUGUCAUCCUGAUUUUUUCCAUCAUCCAGUUCAAACCAGCUCGUUAUGAGGACUAUGUCUUCCCACCCUGGGCUCAGGGUGUUGGCUGGAUCAUUGCUCUGGCCUCCAUCAUCUGGAUUCCACUGGGCACCAUUCACACCUUGUGGGUGCUACCUGGCUCAUUCAUGCAGAGACUGAAGCUGUCCAUCACGCCGUUCACACUGAACGAUAAGUCAAAAACUCCUUACUAUGAAAGGGGAGGAGCAGUGGAGCAGCCGUCCAUAGCGGUUACCACCUCCAACACCAGUCUACCCGAAAAACCUAUUGAGACAAACUUCUGACAUGUUUGCACAAAUGAUUUGCAGCGAAUUAUGUUUAAUUUAAUCAUAAACUAAUGCUUGAUGUCAAGCUUGCUCAAACUUUAUGUGAGGAAAUGAAACAGAAGCAUGUUACAAAAAUGAUUCCUGUGAUUGUGGAAAUCUGCAAAGCAGAAGACUAAAUUUGGUAGUUUUUAAAUUGAAUGAGUGUCUUUUGACAUGUAUAUUUGCAUUAAUUUAAACAUUUGUUGUUCAGAACUGUUCUUGUUCAUGAUUUUAACCCUUUGAUGCAUGAAUUAUGAAAUCUUCAACCAUGAUUUUUUUUAACAAUUUUUUUCAUUCAUCUUUAGGUGUGAAUGAAACAAAUUUCAACAAAUAUUUUUUGUAAAAUUUUAUAAUUUACAAAUAAUUUAUUACAUGUCCACCUCAGUGGACUGGGUGCAUUCAGAACAUGAAAUAUGUUGGCUUGGCUUACUGAAGUCCAAAUGGAGGGGCUCAAAUGCAAUAAAGUCUUAAACAGCUGUGCUUAAUAGCAAAAACAAAUACAUAACAAUUUUGAGUACCUGUCCACUGUAGUGACCAUUAUGCAUCAAAGGGUUAAUACAUAUGCUCCUUUAACUUUCUCCAUUCUUGGUCUUUAUUUUGCAAAGACUGCCAUCUUUUGGUCACAUCUGAUCAAUGCACAAGAUCAGCUGUUUAUUAAAAGUAAAUUUUUCUAAUUAAAAAGACCAACAUUAAUAUCAAUGGUUAGGGGUUAAAACUACAUCUUUGCACUUACACUCCCAUUAAAACAGUCAUUAAUUUAUUGUUGGCUCAUUUUCUAGGUCAAACACAAGGAAGUACUGAUAAACCUGAUAUAGGGACGAAUCAGAACGAGGGUCAUGCUGCUGUAUGUCAUGUAAGAUGUAAUAAAAAAUAACUCAUCAUAAA